GCGGAGGGUCAUGGCGGUUGCCGUCCGGAGGCGGUUUGCGUUCCCCGACAUGAAACCGCUUCUCCUUCUGCUCGUCGCCGCCGGCGCUGAGGCCUUGGAGCCGCGGGAAUGUGAAGAUGAUGCCAGACCAGCUGAGGAUCAACAAAUCAACUUGUUUCUGAUAAUGGACAACAAUUUUUAAAAAACAUUUUUUCUUUACUAUUUCCAUUACCUUUGACUUGCAUCAUUGACACUUUUUGUCAUUUAAUCUCCUUUCUCUUCCCUUUUCUUUUGCUCUUUUCCCCCAUCUUCCCAUGUUUCAAUUUCAGAAAAUGUAACAUUUCUUAGGUCUUCUGACUCAUCAACCUGAAAUGUCAACUGUUUGUCUUUCUUCUCAUGCUGCCUGACAUGCUGAGUGUUUUCAUUGCCUUCUGUUUUACUUCUUGGUUUCCAACAUCUACAGUAUUGUUUUUUGAGUUAAUUUUUUCUCUCUCUCUUCAUCCCUUCCUCCUCAACCAAAGGUUGUAAAGGUUCUCAUAGGACUGCAGAAGAGAUUUGAGAAUGGUUUCAGGGCUGAGGGAAUGCAGCUACGUGGAUAAGUUGGAGAAACUGGAUUACACUCUUUUUAUUAUAAAAUAAAAUUGAGCAUUAAUAAAGGGGUCUAGACAGAGCAGGUGUGGAAACCUGAUUGAUUUGUAGAGGGUUGAAGCCAGAUUUCACUAAUUUAAGAUUAUUCGCAAAAGCAUCAACACGUACACACGAAACAACAUUUUUAACCUAGUGGAUACUUGCGAAAUAUCCUUCUUCCGUGGUGGGGAGAAAUUCAAACGUGGCCAUAAAAGACACUUUUUGAUAAGCCCCUGAAAGAGAGAAAAAUUACAGGGGUUUCUGAAAAAGGCUGUGGGGUUAGACUGACUAAAUUGUACUUAUGGGGAGCCAGUAGUACACGAUGGGCCGAAUGGCCUCUUUUUACCUGUAAUCGCUCUUACCUUGAACAGUUUUUGUUAAAUCCAAGGUGGAAAUGGAAUUGUACCUUUAAGUUUUCUGUACUGAUGAGAAAAAAUGUCAAGAAUUGAUGCAUAAUUUUUAGAGAAUUAUAAAUUGUCAACUGUUCGUAUAAUGUUGUUGAUACCAGUUAUUGACUUCAGCAGCCAUUACAUAACAGUAUAAGGGAAAAUCAGUUGGUUUCUGGAAAAUCAAGCUUUAGUCACGUUAAUGAUUUUGGGAUGCAAGUUUUCACUAAUUAUAAAAUGUAAUGUUGCUUAUACAACUUUUCAGAUAUCUUAACGGUAGUGAAAUGUUCAUUGUAUGUCUACCAGAAGUCAUUUAACAGCACUAAUAGAUUGUUGUCCUCCCAAAUGAGGGAAUGUAAUGAAAGAUGCAACUUUAUAUGUUUAUCAAAAAAAAAGCAAUCCAUCUUGCUGGUGGUUGAAAUGAUUUGAAGCAACAAAAAAAGUAGUAAUAAAUUAUUCCAAUCAGUAUUAACCCUAUGUGGUAUGAACUAAUUUGUUGCUGUACCAUGCAAGUAACUGUUCUAAACUUGUUUGACUUUAUGUAAGCAUGUUUAGCACACAGGCAAUGAAAUUCAUGAAGAAAGACUGGCAUGCAGCAAGUGGUGCAUUGUAACUUUUUUUUUGUAACUGUAUGCAUUGGAUUUCUGGAGAGGUUUUACAGCUAUUUGAAAGCACAGGAUGUGGACUUUACACCUGCAAUGGUUGUGAAUGAACUGAUGCUAAUGUGCGAACACACUAAAGGAAAGGAACAUCGCUUAUGUUACUAUAUCGGAGCAACAAGCGAUGCUGCAACUAAAAUUGUGAAUGAAGUAGCACGACCAAUGAGUGCACAUGUACCAGUACAGAAAAUCUGUGAAAAGCUGAAAGCAAAAGACAUGCAGAUAUGUGAGCUAAAAUAUGAAAAGAAAUUGUAUUUGAAGAAAGCUGAAUUACACAGACUGCGAGUGGCCCAGCUAAAGAAGAUCCUUGAAGACUGGGGAGAGAAAUGCAUCGCGUGUGCAGAAAAAAUUGAUCUCAUUGAUUUAAUCUUGGAAUUAGCCCACAAAUAUGGAUCUGCUGAACUGGAUGUAAACUUUGAUCUAUAAGAAUCACCAACCCUUUCUAGAAAAAAGAACUGGUUUGCAACCAUAAAUUAUUGAUUAUAUUUGUGGUAGAUGCCAUGUGUAUAGGAUACCAUAAAGUGAAAUUUGCCACUUCAAAUAA